AUGUUUUCCCACCCUAAUCAUAACCCCUCAGUAUAUCUUUUAACCCAAUCGAUAGAUUUUUUUAUUGGUAUGACUACAAGCCUUAUCGGUGGAACGAUGACAGGCGUUGGUCAUUCCCAGGUGGAUUUUCCACCGGACAUGAUAUACUAUAAAGACGCCUUGCUGUGGUAUUGGCUCGCCGAGAAUUUCUUCAUAUGGAGUGCUUCAUUCGCCAAAUUGUCUAUCGCCGUGGCACUUCUACGAUUAACCGUCAUAAAGCUACAUCGCUACAUUCUCUGGGUAGUGACCGCACUCAUAAUUGCCUCUGGUCUUUUGUUCGGAUUCAUUCUACUUUUCAACUGUAGUCCUGUCUCCUACUUUUGGAUGCGAUCAUUAUCGGGCUCGUCUGGACACUGCAUACCUACUUCAACUACGAUCAAUGUCGCCUACAUUUACUCUGUGAUGUCAAUUCUCGCGGAUGGAACGCUGGGAAUUCUACCCGUCUUCCUUGUUUGGAAACUACAGAUGAACACCCGGACAAAGUUUGCCGUUGGUGGAAUCCUGAGUCUAGGUGCUGCGGCGAGUAUUGGAGUUAUAGUUCGAAUUCCAUUUAUGAACGAAUACAGCAACCCUGAUUUCCUAUACGGGCUCUUUGGAAUUACCAUCUGUACAACUAUUGAAAACGCAUCCGCAGUCAUUGCAGGCAGCCUUAUUACUCUUCGUCCAUUGUUUCGUUGGGUCCUCGAUCGAUCGAUAGUAUCCACCAAACAGCGAUAUAAAAACGACUCACAGAGCUAUCCCCUCAGCAGCAUCAAAAACGAGAAUAGUGCACACCCGGGUACCUGGCGUCCAGAUAUUGAAGAUGCCAAAAACAUCGUGACAACUGUGACAACACCACGAAAGCAUCGGGUUUUUGUUCAUGGGGAGGGCGACAGCAGUGAGGAGCAUUUGAAUCCUGUUCCAAGUCACCUGAACCAUGUGAAUAUUCAAGAGACUAUAACAGUCACGGAGAGACAUGGAUAA